AUGGAAAAAAAGAGACAAGAAGAGGAGAAUGUUGCCUUUGAUACAGGGGUGCUGAGGGGUACGCCAGAGUCGCUGGAGGAGAAGGAGCGCCAACUGUCCACCAUGAUCGUGUCACAGAUUGCCAGACAACAGCAGCAGCUCCUGCAGCAGCAGCACAAGAUAAACAUUCUCCAGCAGCAGAUCCAGACUCCCCUCCCCUCCUCCUCCAGAGCCCGUCCUUCUGCUCUGUCCAUCCCGGCUGUUUCCCUUUCUGGUGCCCGGUCCUCCGGCGUGGACAAUCUAACUGAUGACUUUUCCUCCCGCUCUAUUAUCGGUGUACCUCACCCUUGGAUCUUAAUAAAGCUCGGAUCGGACUUCAUUAGGCCCUCCAGCCCCAGGGGAGAGCAAGGCCAUAAAACCAGCUCGCGCUGGGAUCCUCUUCCUCGCUGUGAAGCAACGGAUACUGUUCAGGGUCACAUGCCUCCUCUGAUGAUCCCCGUGUUUCCACACGACCAGCGGUCCCUGGCCGCCGCCGCCGCCGCGCAGCAAGGCUUCCUCUUCCCACCCGGCAUGUCCUACAAGCCAGGUGAGAAUUACCCAAUGCAGUUCAUUCCGUCGACAAUGGCAGCUGCAGCGGCGUCGGGACUCAGCCCAUUACAGCUCCAGCAGCUGUAUGCCGCACAUCUGGCAAGCAUGCAGAUCUCACCAGGAGCCAAGAUGGCUCCCCUCCCACAGGCUCCCAACUCCUCGGGUCCUCUUUCGCCUUCCACUCUCAAGAGUGAGAAACGAGCGUCCAGUCCGGUCACCCAGAUUAAGGAGGAGGGAUCCACUCAGCCACUGAACCUCUCAGCCAGACCUAAGACCGCCGAGCCUCUCCGCUCCCCGACGUCCCCGACGCAGGCUCUGUUCUCUGGGAGCAAGACCAGCCCCACCGGCAUGGGCAAAGGCCGCAUCCCCAGCCCCCUCCCCAGCAUGGGCCGGAACUCCUCUCUCGACAUCCUGUCCAGCCUCAACUCGACGGCGCUGUUUGGGGACCAGGACGCCGUGAUGAAAGCCAUCCAGGAGGCCAGGAGCAUGCGGGAGCAGAUCCAGAGAGAGCAGCUCCACCACCAGCAGCAGCAGCAGCAGCCGCCGCCGCCGGCGGGCCACCACAGUCUGGAGGCCAAGCUCAACGCGCUCAGCAGCAUGAGCCUCAACAACGGCAACAAGGAGCGGCUGCACUAUGAGACUCUGAGCCAGCACCUGGGGAAGCUCGGGGAGGACGCCGGGAAGAUGGUCCACCGGGUCAUCGACCUCACAAGACCAGAGGACCUCGAUGGGAAUAACAUCACAGAGGCCAGAGUUUUCAGAGAGGCGCGGGGCAGGAACAGCACUGAGCCCCACAUCAAGAGGCCCAUGAAUGCCUUCAUGGUGUGGGCCAAAGACGAGAGGAGGAAGAUCCUGCAGACCUUCCCCGACAUGCACAACUCCAACAUCAGCAAGAUCCUAGGUUCUCGCUGGAAAGCCAUGACCAAUCAGGAGAAGCAGCCAUACUACGAGGAGCAGGCCCGCUUAAGCAAGAUCCAUCUGGAGAAGUACCCCAACUACAAGUACAAGCCCCGGCCCAAGAGGACCUGCAUCAUCGACGGCAAGAAGCUGCGCAUCGGAGAGUACAAGCAGAUGAUGCGCUCACGCCGGCAGGAAAUGAGGCAGUUUUUUGUGGGGCCUCAGCCUCCGAUGUCUCUGGGCAACAGCCCGGGAGGCGUGGGAGUUUACCCCGGCGCCAUCACCAUGGCAACGACGGCCACGCCCUCCCCCCACAUGACCUCAGACUGCUCCAGCAACUCGGCCAGCCCCGAGCCCGCCAUCCCGGUCAUCCAGAGCACGUACGGCGUGAAGCCCGAGCCGGGCGGGGGGGGCAACGGCGGCGGGGGGGGGGCCCUGGACCUGCCCACUGACCCCGCCAACGGAGACGACGACAUGGACAUGUACGAGGACUUUGAGGACGAGCCCAAGUCAGACUAUAGCAGCGACCACGAGACGCGGGAGGCCGUCAGUGCCAACUGA